CAGGAUGCACAGCGACAGCAGUGGUGCGGGAACUGGGAACAGAGCAGCGUUCGUCUCACGCAGUCCGCAGUGUUUCAGCCAACUUGGACGCGAACGUUUCGCUUCGGCCUGCUACGUUCCGAUCCGAUCCGAUCCUUCCUUUCGGUCGCGUACUCGUCUCCUCCGCAAUCAGCUUUCGCUCGCGUACCUUUUACAUUUCGCUUACGAUUGGCCGUGUCCGUAUCCAGCUGCCCAUCGCGUUCGUUCGCUGCAAAUCAAACGUGAAUCGCGACGACGCUUCGCGAUUCGUUGGUUCGAUCGGUUUCAUCGCGUCCAUCGAACGACAAAAAAUCUUUAACAAAAAGGAUCGAGUCGAGUCGAGUCGAAGCAGUUACCGUUUGAACGCGUACGCGUAUACGCGGCGGGGAACAACGCAACGGUUCGAAAAGUUGAUCCCGUCGAGAAAGGUAAACCGUUUGGCCGCGUUAGCCUGGUGCUCGGGCUGCGUAGAUCGCGUACCGUGCAACGAACGUGUAUCGUUCCUCCGUUGUCGAGGUUUUGCCAGUGGCACACUUGUCGCUUGGAAAGGAGAAUAGACUUUCUCCUUCUCGUCGUUCCUCGUACCACCGCCCCUGUCGCCGCUUCGUUCUUCCGCGCUCGACGACUACGAGUUGCUCAUCGAUAACGAACGAUCGACUCGAUUACGAGGAUCAACGCGAACACGAAGACGACAACGACGACGAGGAGGAGGAGGAGGAGGAGAAGAACGAUUACGAAGAACCUAAAGAAAAAAGAUUGGAAAAAGUGGUAACGCGUCGGAUAAAAUCAGAGAAAGAGAGCAGCGCGAGUGUGCGGCUGUUUCGAAGGAAGGAAGCGCGCGCUUGUUCGUUUGCGUGCAUCUCAUCUCGGCUGCAAGGAAGAAAGGAACGGUAGCGAAAAGAGUUGCACGACGCGUACAAGAGGUGAUCGAUCGAGAUGAGAGUACAUCGUGGGAUUUGCGCCAAACUACAAGGCGGUUUCCUGAGGCGAUGGUGGGCGGCGGUGGCAGUGGGAGCACUGAUGAUCAUCGUUGCCGCAAUUUUAGCAGCGAUGUUUCCGAAACUCGUCGAGGUGCUGAUGAACAGGGAAAUAGCGCUCCGAGAGGGCGGUCGCACUUUCGAAUGGUGGAGAGAACCUCCUCUCUCGCCUCAACUGAACAUCUACAUUUACAACGUAACGAACGCCGAUGAAUUUUUGAACGACGGCGAGAAACCGGUACUGAAGGAGCUCGGUCCUUACGUCUACGUGCAACAGUGGGAAAAGGUCGACGUGAAAUUCAACGAAAACGACACGGUGUCGUACAAAGUGAAGAAACAGUACGUCUUCUCGCCGGAAAAGUCGAUCGGCUCGGAGGAAGAUUUGGUCGUAGUGCCGAACGUGCCGAUGCUAUCAGCGACCAGUCAAUCGAAGCACGCGGCGCGUUUUCUCCGACUGGCGAUGGCUUCGAUAAUGGACAUUCUCAGGAUAAAGCCGUUCGUCGAGGUGUCGAUCGGUCAGUUGCUCUGGGGUUACGAGGAUCCGUUGCUCAAGUUGGCCAAGGACGUCGUACCGAAAGAGCAGAAGCUCCCUUACGACCAAUUCGGUUUGAUGUAUGGGAAAAAUUCGACGAUGCCCGAUCGGUUCACCAUCUUCACCGGUCAGAGGGACAUUUCCAAGUUUGGAAUCCUCGACAAAUGGAACGGGAAGAGCAGCCUCGGCCACUGGACUACUCCGGAAUGCGACAGCGUCGCUGGAAGCGACGGCAGCAUCUUUCCUCCUCGCAUCACUCGGCAAACGGUCCUUAAAAUCUUCGACAAGGACCUCUGCAGAGCGUUGCCUUUGGUCUUCAAGGAGGAGGUCACCACCGCAGGCGGAGUUCCAGGGUUCAGAUUCGUGCCUUCCAAGGACGCUUUCGGCUCCUCCAGCAGAGUGGAAUCGCAGCGAUGCUUCUGCCCUUCGGGGCCGCCAUGUGCUCCCGAAGGAACCUUCAACGUUUCUCUCUGUCAAUACGAGUCACCGGUCUUGCUCAGCUUUCCGCAUUUUUACCUCGCGGAUCCUUCGUUGCGGGAGGCAGUAAUCGGAGUAUCCCCACCGAUCGAGGAGAAGCAUCAGUUUUUCAUCGACGUUCAGCCGAUGAUGGGCACGGCGUUGAGGGCUAAAGCGAGGAUUCAAAUAAAUCUGGCGGUCAGCCAGGUACGGGACAUCAAGCAGGUCGCCUCGUUCCCGGACAUCGUUUUUCCCAUAUUAUGGUUCGAAGACGGCAUCGACGAGCUUCCCGACGAGAUGCGAAGUCUGAUGAAGAUGGCUGUGGACGUUCCACCGAUAGCUCGCGCGGCGGUGUCCGGAACUCUGGCAGCGAUCGGCGCGAUCGUUCUGAUCGGGGCGCUCGUGUGCUUGGCGCGCGCCGCGAAACGCCAGGAGAAACUCCAUCUGAGCAAUCCGUUACCAUCGAAUGCCAGCUCUGGGAAAACCGGACAACUGAAUCCGGCGUUUCAGAAUUCCUCGAGUUCAAAGUAGGGAGCUUUCGAGCAAAAGCGUCGGCGUCGCUCCCGAUCGCGAACGCGAAUCGAUUAGUGCGCGUUGAUCUCGAAAGGUAUUGUAAGAAACGCGAAUCUCGUGCAAUCGCUGUUUCGUUUGGAACCCGCGGUCACGACGAGAAUCGACGCGAGUUUGCGAUAAAAGGGGAAUCGGUAAACGUAAGCGAUGGAAAGGAAGGAGACUAGGCGAGAACUGGUGUUGCACGUCGCGUAACGUUAAUUCACCGUGUUCGACCGACCACCAGCCGUGUUUCUCCGGUCUCGGUAUAUUUCCAUUGUUCGAGCGUACGAUCGCGUUCAAUAUAUUUUUAUAAAUCUACCUAUACGUUGGAGAUGGGAUAUAAUUGGAAAGAGGUAAUAGGGUAGACGUUUGCGGAGAGGCUGUAACAAAUUCGAAAUCCGGUAUAGGGUUAGAGACGAUCGGGUUCCGCCGAUAGGUGCGUGGUACCGAAGAGUAACGCGCGUUACUCGUUCGCCAACAGUCGACAAAAUUGUUCCGUCCAAUGCGCGCAUAUCUACAUAUGUAUAUACGCGCAUAUUUAUAUAAAUGUGUACACGCAUACAUACAGAAAGACGAAGACAAAGCAUACACGCACACGCACACCCACGCGCAUACGUAUACAUAUAGAUAUACAUAUACAUAUACAUAUACAUAUACAUAUACAUGUACAUAAUCGAUCCUGUGCACGAGACCUGGUGCGAGCCGAGUCGUUGUCGUCGUUAUUUUCCAACUUGGACGAUAUCGACGUCGCCAGAGAUCUUAUUGUUAUUCAUUACCCGUUUGUGUAUAUGUAUCUCGUUAUAACAAAGCGUUACUACAAAUAGAUUACAGUUAGGUUUUUAGACGAAUACAAUUUUCUACGAUGGAGCACGAGAAGUUGAUGAAAUAGCCAAAUAGUUUAGAAAUCGGACGAUUUCAAACAAUUUUAUGGAAACUAAUAAAAGCGUCGAACAGA